AUGGCGCGUCUCGCACAACAAGACGCAGCCCAAAAAGCAGCGACAGAGAAAAUCGCGGCUCUCGCCAAGAUCUUGGGACCCAUCGCCGCAAACAUGGAAGCUUCGACGGCUCAAAUAAGGCGACAGCUGUUUAACACAGCUCCGUCCACCGGCGCCACACCAGCACGACCGGACGUUCAAGACGAAGCGGCGCAGACCUCCGACAACCUCCUCACGCAAACCCUCGUAGGACACAACGUGCCAAACCCCGGAGGCUUAGACGUGCAGACAUUGAACGAACUCGCCGCUCUGAAGCAGUCUGUUCUUGAGAUUAACAAACAGAUCCACCGUGCCACGACGUCGGCACUGCAAAUAGACCAAGUGCUCGCCGAGUCACUCCGAACACCAUUCACCCAGACAAUAACCAAGGUCCGGCUCCAGAAGAUGGAGAAACUUCGUCUCCCAAAGUUCUACGGCAUCUCCGACCCUUCCGCCCAUGUCACGUCUUUCAACAUAGCGAUGCGACGUUCAAACUUUCCCGACAACGAAAAAACGCCGGCUUUUGCCAACUUUUCGUCGAGUCCCUCGAAGGAUCGGCCCUCAACUGGUUCACCAGUUUACCGGAGAACUCCAUCGACUGUUUCCGCGACCUCUCGACGCUUUCAAAGCUGUCGUUUCGAAGGUCGAUUGCCCCGACCACAUCGCGGUGGAGUGCCUAAAAACAACCUCCAUCUCAAGUCGCAGAUCCGAGCCGAUCUCUAUCGACAUCUGACAAGGUCGCUGUCCAACGCUAUCGCUCGAUCCCAUAACUUCAUCCGCAUGGAAGAGGAUACGAAGGCCAAAAUCGCAAGAGAAGCCGUCUCGAAGCAGGCGUCCCAGCGAACCAACGAUACUCGCCCCGAGCCUCGACAACACUCCUCCGGUGGCAAGUCUAACUCCAAGAAGGGAUACGUCAGUACGGUCGACGAAGACGAACCCUCAGACUCUUCGGCCCCAGUCCGAGAGAAGGGAUGGAACCAUUGGGACCACGACUCGUCCAAAAACUCUUCCAAAUCUUCCGAACCAACGAGCUCGAAGUCCGCUGAGCCCGAAAAAUGGUGUCUGUACCAUAAGGUUGACUCACAUGACACCAAGGAGUGCAAAGUCCUCUACGGACAUUACCUGGAUUCGAUCGUCAGUGGGAAAAUCGAGAUUGAGCCUCUCAACAAAGGCCGAAGACCAACAAGAGUCAGAACUAGAGCAUGA